AUGGGGCUCAUCCUCCCGCUGCUCCACACGGUCCUGCCGCUCACGAACUCUUAACCACCUCAUGACUCCCACUUGAGACUACUUUAAUUCCACUCACCCAUACCAACACUCAACCCCGAUAUCAUCUCCACCGACAUCAUCUCCACCGACAUCAUCUCCACCGACAUCAUCUCCACCGACAUCAUCUCCACCGACAUCAUCUCCACCGACAUCAUCUCCACCGACAUCAUCUCGUUGGCGGCUAUACCAUCUUCACCACCACCACCACUACUUCACCAACACACACUCGCAAUGGCUUCCCAGAUGGAGUGCUUCAACGACUUCUGCCUGUCCUGCGACCGCCAAAUCGCCGAAAACGGCGUCUACUGCUCCCAAUCGUGCCGCCUAGUCGACAUGGAGCGGGCCGGCAGCACAGCACAAGCACCCUCGCAACUGUCAUCUUCCGCUUCGUCCUCGUCCUCGUCCAACAACGGCUUCUACCUCGCCCCUGCAAUCAACUUCUCCGCAUACAAGGGAGCCUCGAGUUCACAAGUGCCACCAUCGAGCCCGUACCACUACUACCCAACCGCAAAUGGCAGCUACUUCGCACCACCAACCGCAACCAGGCCCUCCCCACAGCGCAGCCUGACGCCCUCGUCGUCACGAUCAUCUCUAGCCUCGUCAUCUUCCCAGUCCCAGUCCGGCAUCUCGCAACAAGCGGCAACCCAACUCAACAGCUACAUGCGAUCCUUUGACCAAACACGCGACGUCAAGAGGCGGUACACGCAGUACUAGACUUGCUCGCAAGUCCGUUGCUUUUGGAGUUUGGUUUCACGACAAUUACGACACCCGACCAAGACGUCUUGUCUUCGUUUCGGUUUCUCUCUGUUCUCUUGUAUUUUGCAUCAGUCUCGGACCUUGGGGGUCGAGACUGGCAUGGGUCCACGGAGUACACCUGCAUAUCCACCACCGCUGCUCUGCCUUCUAGUUUUGUAUCCUUUCCUUUGUUGACAUACGUGGACGCGGUGUACGAUUAAAAGUAUUUAUAUAUCCCCUCGGUGUAUUGGGGUCUUUGUUACGAGCAUCUUGCCCCGGCGUGGGUGGGUGACUGGGGUCACUCUGCACAUGCGAUUGCAUCACGGCCACUGUG